AUGACUACGAAAUUGACGUUUGUGCUGUUUUUUCUUACGAACCAUUUGUUUACUCACGAAACUUUCGCUGCUAAUGUAAACGAUACGUACGAAUGGAAGUUAGCUGCAAUGAAGAAUCGGAAUUUUGUAACACUUGACGAAUCUGAAAGUAAAAUGACAGGAGGACUUCAUUUUCGUGUGUUCGAAGCUCUACAACAGAAACUCAAAUUUCGUUAUAGCAUAGUUAAGCCAAUUGACGAAUAUUUCGGACGAUUAAUGGAAAAUGGAACGUGGACUGAAAUGGUAGGAAAAGUUACAAGAAAGGAAGCAGAUAUGACAAUUGUUCCAUUAUAUAUUACUUUGGAUCGUUAUUCUGCUGUGGAAUUUUCUACAUCAAUAGCAUUUCAGUCAACCGUUUUUAUUGUUAAAGCUCCAGAAAUGAUUUCAAACUGGAAAUCUAUCGUAGCUCCGUUCUCAUUUAUGAUAUGGAUAUUUAUAAUUGUCACUGUGAUUGUAUUUGGAUUGUUUUUGCACAAAGUAAUAGAAAGAGAUUUAACUGCACAAGAUAUUCAAGUAUAUUGGCCAAGACAUAAAGUCUUCUGGAAUUUAUUUUGCACUUUCUUGUAUAAGGGAAUGAAUUUGAAUUCAAUAAAGAAAUUCAGAUCCAGAUUUCUGAUAGGAAUAUGGUGGUUGUCUAUCCUCGUUCUAGUCUCUAGUUAUAGCGGGACUCUAAUGUCAUUCAUGACGUAUCCUUUACAUAAACCUGUUCCAAAAACAUUCGAUGAAUUAGCAGCUUUCGUCAUUAAAGGUGAAUAUUCCUGUGGACCACUCGGAAAAGGUGCUUUAUGGCUGUCUAUUCGCUCAUCUUGUCAGAAUUCGAAAUUAAAGACAGCUGAAAUACUACGAGAUAACAUCAUACGAAACGACAACUUUUUAGAAGCUUCGAGAGCCAUAGAGAGAGUAAAACAAGAGCAUUUCGCUUUUAUACAAAAUAGAUAUGUAAUGCGAAAGUUAAUCAGGAAACAAGAUUUACAUAAAUACGUAAUCUCGAGCGACUCAUUUGCUGUAUUUAGUGAAGCUUACGGAAUGAAGAAGGAUUUUCCUUUUUCAAAGAAAGUAAACAAUAUCGUCCAUCGUCUUCUCGAAUCUGGAAUCGUGGAAAAAAUCGAUUACUCUGAAUAUUCCAAAAUGAUGAUACGUUCAAAAUUUCAACCUUUAGCAAUCGAUGAUAUUAUUAGCCCGCUAUUAUUACUCGUAUUGGGUUACAUAUUGUCUCUUCUGUGCUUAGUUAUCGAGAUAAUUUAUACAAAAUUAGUUGCUUAAUAAUUCUGCUGUAAAUUUACUUAGUAUUAUUCACAGUUUUAUCGAGUGUUUGCUGAUUUAUCCUACAAACUUUUUAUUGCAGCAUAAAGCUUCCAAUGCAAAACUUUCUUUCUCUCUUCUUUAAAUUUUGUCCAUAUUAAUUUUUUACUAAGUCAGUAAUAAUGCACACGAUUAAGAUAGUUCAGGAAAUGAACUUUUACCAUUAUGAAAAACUACAAUAAAAAUCUUGUAUUUCAUAGAAUUAACACAAAAUAAGAACAUCGUUUUCUAAAUUUUUAAAAAAAUUUCAAAACGGAAAAGAAAAAUAAUUGAUAAUUCAGCACUCUUCUUGUAUUGAAAAAUAUUGCAUGGUGAUCUCUUGGAAAUGCAUACUGAUCUUUAGCAUUUGGCAUUUAAAAUAUUUUUUUUUCUAGUAAAUAAAACAGAAUUUACGAAAAUCUUUAUGUUGAUCAACCUUUGACUUAAAAAUAAUGUAACCUAAAAUCAAUUAUUAAACAAGAGUUUUCAUUAUUUUGUGCAAUCUUGUAUUUUCACUACGAAUGAAAUUAAUGCUGUAGUACAAUGGUUCCCAAUUAGUGGUACGCAUAUUCCUGUGAGGUACGUGAAAUUGCAUGAAGGGGUACGCGCAGCAAUCUAAAAUCGGUCGACUUAAAACUUAAAUGCAUCAGAUGAAGCAAUUAAAAAAUAAUGGGUGGACCAUCAAGA